AUCAUAAUUCAUUAGAAGACGGCAAAGGAAUUCGAUACUAUAACUAUAAUUUUAAUUCACAAAUUGACAAAUUUGAAUUAAUAGACUAUAGAAUUGAGAAUGAUAAAUAUGUUGAUACGAUCAUAUAUCCUGAAAAUAAACUUGAUUAUGUAAUUGAAGAUUUAAAUAAUAAUGAAAAAUAUGAUUCAGAUGCAUCAAUAUCUUCAUUGUCUUCUAAUGAUUCUGAGACAACAAGAUGUAGAAAAAAGAAAAGGCUGUUUGUAUAG